AUAAUGGCGCGCACCAAGCAGACGGCACGCAAGUCUACCGGCGGCAAGGCGCCGCGCAAGCAGCUGGCCACUAAGGCGGCUCGCAAGAGCGCGCCGGCCACCGGCGGCGUCAAGAAGCCUCACCGCUACCGUCCGGGCACGGUGGCUCUUCGCGAGAUCCGUCGCUACCAGAAGAGCACGGAGCUGCUCAUUCGCAAGCUGCCGUUCCAGCGGCUGGUGCGCGAGAUUGCGCAGGACUUCAAGACGGACCUGCGCUUCCAGAGCAGCGCUGUCAUGGCUCUGCAGGAGGCCAGCGAGGCGUACCUGGUCGGUCUGUUCGAGGACACGAACCUGUGUGCCAUCCACGCCAAGCGGGUGACCAUCAUGCCCAAGGACAUCCAGCUGGCGCGUCGCAUUCGUGGCGAGCGUGCUUAAGAGCGCUGAGAGCGAAAUCAUCAACAGGUCCUUAUUAGGACCAGAGACAGUGGCAUGGAGUACGAGCCUGGGUGUGACACGAACGCACGGCAACGAGUUGUCUGAAAUG